AUGGCCGACCAGCACCUAACCCACGCACAAUGGCGGGGACACAGAGAAGCGCACAAGCGACCUGAAACUCUCCCACGGCUGGAGGCCGCUGGCGAAAUGGCAAACGGAGACACAAACCCCGAGAGAGCACCCACCAGGAAUACACUCCUAACCACGAGGUACUGCUCGCAGGGGAAAGCGACCGAAAAGAAAACUACUUACCCAAACGCUCUCCACCUACACACACAUCCCCGGCUGCACAACUCCCAUCAUGGCGGCGGAGAGGAAGGAGAUCAGUGCCGAGCCUCAAAAUGGCGUUGA